AUGGAAGGUGGGGGACGAGGAGGUUUUGGGUAUGGAAAUUUACAAACUAACCCCCCUCCGUUUCGACCAAGUCCUCCAUUAUCUGCCAUUGACAGGUUUCUUUGGGAUCAGACUCAACCCCAUUUCUUUCAACAACAAAGUCUGAACGAUCUGCAAAACAAAGAGCCACUUGUUUCAGGAAAUGGGUUUUAUGAUUUUUCUUCUUAUUCUUCUUCCGGUGGUGCCAUGGGUGGCUAUGCAUGUGGGGUAUCAUGGCCGGAUCUUCCAGACACAAGCUUUGUUGAUGGGCUCUUCCUAGAUGAAGACACUCUAAAUUGGAUAGAUCCUAACGUAGGAUUGAAUGAAGAAACUAAAUCUGCGCAGACAAAUUCUGUGGAUAAAGGAAAAAGAGUGAAAGGUGGCUCUUCUACAAAUUUGAUCAAGGGGCAAUGGACAGAGGAAGAAGACAGUAAAUUGAUCAGGUUGGUGAAGCAACAUGGAAUAAAGAAAUGGGCUCAUAUUGCCGAGAAAAUGUUUGGUCGAGCCGGAAAACAGUGUCGUGAAAGAUGGCAUAAUCAUCUCCGCCCUGAUAUCAAGAAAGACAGUUGGAAUGAUGAAGAAGAGAUGCUCUUAGUUGAAGGUCAUGAGAAGUUUGGGAACAGAUGGGCAGAAAUCGCAAAGCACAUACCUGGAAGGAGCGAAAAUUCAAUAAAAAAUCACUGGAAUGCCACAAAGAGAAGGCAGAAUUCGAGAAGGAAGAGCAAGAAACACGAAGGUGAAAUUGUUAAGCCUCACCCAACUAUAUUGCAAGAAUACAUGAAAAGGAACGGCUUGAAUAUUAUCACCACCAGCGACAGCAACACCACCACCAGUACAACCCCCACCAACUCCGCCGUCUCAGAAGGGCCAUCAAGCCAAUUCAGCGUGCUUUUUCCAGAACUGUCCCAAACCACCGAUGAAGACUCUCCAUCUUUAAUGGCUCAGACUUAUGACGAUGAACUGACUUUCAUGAAAGCCCUUUUCGAAAACAAGCCCAAGGAUUCAUUUGUUGAUGAUGGUAAAAUGGUCGGUCGGAUUGAGGCAAAAACAUCUCAAAAUAACUAUGUCAAUGAUUCAGCUGGCUUUAACUAUGUCAACGAUUCGGCUGGCUUCAAUUCCCUUGGGUUCAAAUUCAAUGGAAAUGCUGAAUGUGGGUUCUCCUCUGCUACUCCAGACACCAACAUGUACUUUGCUAAUAACUUCCAGAAAGAAGAAGCUCCAAAGACCCCACUUUAUUCUGACUUUUACCUCUCAUAUCUGCUGGAUGGAGCCACUCUUUUACCAUCCUGUGAACCCAGCUAUGGCAACAUGAAGAUGGACAUGAUGAUGAAUGAGGGUACCUCAGGUGGUAAGAAAAAGAUGGAUGCGGUUCAAAUGUAUUCAUCUUCUCAGUUCUCCCAUGGAAGCACUAGCAACAGCUUCAUGUUCUAA